UUCGAUUUUCCGUUCAGUUGAAUUGGUUUUCGAUUCUGCUAUGCAUAUGUAUAAACAAAACAACGAACUGUCAGAUGAUUGGAAAUUAAUUAAAUCAGUGCGAAAAUACUGAAAAAGAUUCGUCGAUUCUACUACCAGCGUUUCUUCUUUUUUUUUUUGUGUCAAGAGGCUUAGAUUCACAAACGUAAACACGGUGGAUUUUUCCGGUUUUGCUCCGAUGGCCUCGGUGCGCAUUCCCGAGCAGAAAAUUAUUCUUUGUGGUGAAUAUGGCGUAGGGAAGAGCUCAAUAUUUCGGCGUUUUGCUACUAAUACUUUCGUGACUGCAACGGACAGAAAAUCUACCCUAGGGCUGGACCACUUUGAUCGAAGUUUUGCCGUGGGAGAACGAAACGUUAAGCUUCAACUUUGGGAUACCGGUGGUAUGGAGCGAGUCGCAUCAGUUACCUCAAGCUAUUACAAAUUUGCAGAAGCUGCGCUGUUGGUGUUUGCCCUUGACAAUCCAGCAUCGUUCCACUCACUAUCGCAGCAUAUGUUGGACGUUGUAACAUAUGCGGAGAAUGCGAAAAUAUUUCUUGUGGGUAACAAGGUUGAUCUAGAGCAAACUGGGGAUCCGGAAGUGUCAGAGGAAGAUAUGGAAUCUUUUUGCGAACAGUGUCACAGCUUGAUUAGUGCGACUUUUAAAACCUCAUGCAGAACAGGUGAAGGCUUAGAAGAGAUGUUUCAGGAGAUUGCGAACACGCUGGUGGAAUCGAACCGAUCUCGUUUGGAGCUUCAAGCACUGGAGCAGCACGGAUUCAAGAUCGAACCGCCGGAGGAAAUUGGAGAACCCUCUUGUCUUUGCUAGUAUUUCGUGCCCUGAAUAGGGCACAUUUUUCAUUGAUGAGUGAUCGGCGACACUGAUAUAUGUAAGACAGCCGUCCGAAUAGGCAUUUCAUACUUCUUGACGACGGCGUUGUGCGCAAGUUGUGAUUAGACAUGUUUCAUUUGCAGGGACUUUUCUAAUACUAAUUUUCUAAAAUAGCUGUGCCAUACAUUCGUUGAAAUAUAACAUGUCAGAGAUGAAAGCACACAUACUAUGGUUGAGAAACAAAAUUUUGCAUGAAUCAAUCACGAGAAUAAUUUAUUUCAUAUUAAACUUACCCCAAAUUAUACUUAUAGUAUGAUUAUAACUAAAUCAGGAUGGUUUUUAAAACUUGAUAUUAACAGCGACAUAUAAAGUUAUCGCCUAAUCCAUUACUGAUGUAAUUUUACUAAAAUACAAUAUUGUAAACCGUAGAAGUAGCAUUCACUUAGUCAUAAUAGGUCGUAGUGAAUUUGCAGAAAAAUGAGGAAUUACUGCUAAGAUGUUUUUUCUUUCAAGUGCUUUUUGAAAUACGAAUAAAGUAACUGAGCCAUUCAUUGCAAUUAAAUAUAGAAACAUGCGUGUUUAUUACAAUUAAGGAAUGUUUUGAUAACGUAAAUAUUUAUUAAAAUACACAAUAAUCUAGAACCUAAGUCUGGUACACUAGUUUUAGUUACAUUUUGAGUAAGUCUUAUACUUUUUGAAAAUCAAAUUUUCACACAGACGGAAACUAAACGUUGAAAAUAUUGAACAUUCAUUUACCCAACGCUCAGUUUAUCAGACUGAAUGAUGCUUUAGUAAAUAAAACAAAUCUGCGUCGAACUCAUAAAA